AGUUUCUAAUACGAAUUAAAUCGACGUGUGUGCUGCUCUGUUCUGCUGUAAAUUCUUCAUAUAUUCAAGAAUAAAUUUAAAAACAAAUAACAUUGAAAUGAAAUAUCUUCUCUUGUUGCUGUUGGCUCUCGCUCUCUGCCAAGCCGCCCCAGUUGAGGAUAAAUCUUCUUCGUCGUCGUCCUCCUCCUCCUCGUCUAAACCGAAACGUGGUUUACAUUUAAGUCUCGGCUAUCAUGCACCCCUUAUUACCUCCUCCUAUAUAGCCGCCGAACCAACUGCUAUUUAUCAAGCUGCUCCCGUUCUUACACAUGAACCCAUUCUUUCGCAUGCACCACUCAUUUCCCAUCAUGCGCCCGUCUAUUCACAUGCCUCACUCAUACAACAUGCUCCCCUUCUAUCGCAUGCACCCCUUAUUUCGCACGCUCCACUUAUUGCUCAUGCACCCGUUUAUUCAUCGUCUCAUACUAUUUUGCCCUCAAUCCAUUCAAUUCAUCACUAUUAAGAAGAAGCAGAAGUUUGGAUCUUUGCAUUAAAAGAUAAUUAUUUAAAUUAAAUAAUGACAUUAAUAAAAAAUGAAAAGUUGAAUUUUGUAUGAUGAGUAAUUUGUUAAACGAUAUAUUUUAAUGAUGUUUGUUGUUGUAACUAAAAUCAAACAUAAUUGUUAAAUUAACGAUUAAGAAAAUUUUCAAAUAAAUUAACAAUUGAUA